GAUUCCAAAGAUUAAGUUAGGCGAAAAGAAAAAUUGGAAAAUAGGCGCAUUUCGCAAAACAAAGAAAAAAAUGACACAAUUUGACCUCCAACCCGGUACCUUGUAGCGGUCGACCCGGCGGGUGCGUGCAGCCCGUUUUUCUCACUGGGUCAGGGUCAAAGUGGGUCAACCCGUGGGUCGACCCGCUGGUUGACAACCUUGCAAUUAAGUAGACAUAGUAUCUCACCCCAAUCCUCACACCUCCCUCAUCAUCACAUCCCCCUCGGGGAAAGUUAAUCUGCUAACUUGAAAAUUCGUUAGCAGAUACUAACUGAUAUCCAAAUUAUAUGAACUAAUAUCCAAGUACUAAAGUAUCUAGAGAGUACAGACUAGUAUUAAAGUUUGCUAACUGAUAUCCACCAUGAGUCAACUAUUAUCCCAAAUUCACAAACUAAUAUCUAGACAACACAUAAUAGUAUCCAAACAACACAUAAUUAGUAUCCAGAUAACACAUGAGAGUAUUCAGAUAACACAUAAGAGUAUCCAUAUUGAAUACUAGUUGGUUGAUUGUGGAUAUUAGUUGGUAUCUGCUAUCUAGAUACUAGUUUGUGAUGUUUUGAAUAUUAGUUUGUGAUAUCUAUAUACUUAACAGACUUGGAUAUUAGUUCAUACAUUUUGGAUAUUUGUUAGUAUAUCCUAACGUAUUUUCAAGUUAGCAAGAUUAACUAGGCUGCUCUCAAUUCAACCAUCGCAUCUCUCCGUCUAUUCUAGAAUCCCCAAACUCGACCAUUGACUCCUCUCCCCAUCUCCCCAGGGGCGGAGGGAGAGGGCAAAUGGGUGGGUCCCGGGACCCACCCUAGCUCGGGAAAAAAGGACUAAAUUAGGUAUAACAAUUAAUUGAUUCGGAAAAUUAGAGUAUGUUUAAUUGAUAAUCGUUGAUCGAAAGGUUUUGUGUUCUAGUUUUGACGACCUCAUUCAUUAAGCACAUAUAGUAUUCGAAUUUGUGCAAACUUAAAUUCCACAUAAUUUGAUUUUCUUAUAACGGGGUAUGUUGGUAAAUGGUAUAAAAUAUAUUAUUGAACUUCAACCAACAACUCUAGUUAUUGAUACUAUGGUUAUUGACAAAAACAUAAUUCGAAAGCGAACAAAUAACUAAAUCAUGAAUAAUUAUUUGUAUAAGAUUCAUUAUUAAACCUAUAGUAAAUAAUUAUUGGCAAAUAACAUCAUUCGAAAGCGACCGAAUAACUAAAUUAUGAAUAAAUGUUUGGUAUAUAGAGAGAGUGAUAUUCUUAAUAGUUUUGACUAUUAAUGUAUUUUAUUUUAUAAAAAAUUUUAAAUAUAAAAUUAUAUUAUGAAUAAUUAAAAAAAUUAACAAAAGUUAUUUCAUCAUAUAUAUUUUUUCAAAGUGGACCCACCCUGGUCGAAAUCCUGCCUACGCCCCUGCAUCUCCCUGAUUCCCCAAAUCUCGACCAUCAUCUCCUCUGCCUUCAGCGACAUGCUCGAUUGGAAUCAUAUCUCGAAGCUUCAAUCUCGACGGGAAUUAGAUCUCAAAUCAUAUCAGAAUUGGUGGUCGCCUGGUCGGAGCUUCAAUCUCCUGUCAGAUCCAGAACCAUUAAGGCCUCCACGAGUUCCGCCGCAUGCAAGCCCGGACUCGGAGCGUCUUCCUCACUAAGUUCUCCUUCUCCAACGUCGAUCUUCUCCUGCCAUCGUCGUUUGUUUAUUCCAUUAGGUGGUGCCGGCUGCAUGUGGUUGUCGACGAUGCGAUUGAAGAGAAGAGCAGCGGCGCACCUACUCUACUUGAUCGUCGACCAGUGGCGAUGGGGGCAAGAUCGGCGGUGUGAGGUGGAUGUCGCUUGCCGAUGGAGUUGAACAGAGAGUUUAGAGACUCUUUCUUAGUUGGUUAGGUUUAGUAAUGGUCGUUGAGAAUUGGGCUAAGGCAAUAGGCAUAGGGUUCAGUUGGGCUUUGGCCUCAACUGGAAGCUGAGUGUGGGUCUGUAGGAGAGAGUAUUGGGCUACAGGGCUAAGUCCAAUAGCCCCCACCACAUGUAAGUAUGUAACAUAGUUUGGUUUAUUGGUUUGGAAUUUCGAUUUGGUCGAGAGGACCCUGGGUUCCGAAUUAAGCCUAUUUCCUUUCUGAAUUCCUAAUCGAAUACCACAUGAUUCGAUUUUAGUUGGUUUCGGUUCGGUUCGGAGAGUCGAACCCCGAACUGAAUGUCCACCCCUACACUAAAGUAUCUGCUCGGAGACCGGAGUAGUGGGUCAGCAGGCUUCUAUCUGUGUGGCACCGUAUCCAUUUGGCUCUCCUUCGCAUUUACAAUUGUUGCCAUUCUUUCUUUCAACUACCAAAAUUGGAAUCCUUUUUUUCCUGAAAAACAAAAGUAAAACUUAUAAGAAAACGCAAACUAAAAUAUGUUCGAAUGUUACUUAAAUUGCAAUUUUCGUGGGUGUCUUUGCUUAACUUAACACAAAUAAUGGCAUUAAAUGAGACUUAUAUAUGUUAUUGUCUGUAUGUUAAAUAGUAUUUGAUAUAAUUUUUAUAUAUAUAUAUAUAUAUAUAAUACAAUUAUUUUUUCAUAUUUUCGGGUUAAACCGGGCUAAACAAAUUAGCUAACUAACCCUCAAAUUACUAGCUCAACCGGGCCAAUGAUGUGUUAAACCGGGUUGACAACAUUGUUGCUAUCUAAAUAUUUAGGGUUAAUAUAUUUGUAUGGCGCGAACUUUUCACAUAUUAAACAUUCUGAUCAAUUUUUUCGAUCUAUAACUUUGUGGUCUAAACUAUGCAUCAAAAUUACGAAAUUAACCAAACCCGAGAUUUGACCGUUAUCUUGGACGGUCAAACGUGUUAACUAACGACCAACACGCCACGUCAACACAAAUCACUUAAAAAUUUGUUUUUCCCCCACCUAUUAUCAUUUAUCUUUUUUAUUUUGAACAAAAGAAGAAGAAAAAUUAAAAAUAAAUGGUAAAAGGUGGAAAACCCAAAUUUUUAAGUGAUUUGUGCUGACUUGCCAGUGACAUGGCAUGUUGACCAUUAGUCAACGCGUUUAACCGGCCAAGAUAACGGUCAAAUCUCGAGUUUGGUCAAUUUCGUAACUUUGAUGCAUAGUUGAGGCCACAAAAUUAUAGAUCAAAAAGAUUGGACAUGAUGUUUAAUAUGUGAAAAGUUCGGGACAUACAAAUACAUUAACCCAAUAAAUCCAUUCUCAUAUGUGAAGGAUGAAAAUAACAUAAUAAUUUAAUGGAGUUUGGUACGAUGAGUGGGAAGUUAGGUAGUAUAUGAGCCAAAUUGUUCACAAGCGUCUCGACGUUCAGCUCGAAAAUAAUUUGUUAGACACUCGGCUCGUUAGCCAGUUAGACUCAGUGGCUUGUUGAGCUCAACUUACGAGUUAGCUCGUUUUGAUCUAUGAGCUGGCUCGACAAUAUGGCAGCAAACCGCUUCAACUAACAAUUAAUAUGAGAAUUGAUUAAUAGUUUAUCAUUGGUUUGUUGAUAAUUUAUAGGUUUGUUAGAUAAUAUAUCUCACCACGUAUAAUGUUUAAGAAUUAUAGCAUGGAAUUAAAUAUGUUAUGUAUCAUAGAUUGCCUAGAUACUAAUUACUGUUAAAUAACAUGAUAUGAACACUUAAAAGCGAUGAACUAAAUGAUAUGAUACUUUGGCUCGAGGUGAUCUCGCGGGUUAAUUGAUGAGCCGAACUCAAGUAGAGAUCAUGAGCUCAUUAAUGAGCCGAGCUUGUGUGUGCUCGAGACACAAGCCAAUGUUUUAUUAAACAAGUUUAGCUCGUUUAUUAACAAGCUAAGCAAAAGUUAUGUCAAAACUCGGCUCGGCUUGGCUCAUUUGCAAUCCUACCUUGGAAGCCACCAUAAGUUGGAGCAAAAUAUAGACAUCCUUAAAAAAUAUGGUUGAUCGAUUGAUACACAUUACAAAGGAAAAGAACGAUCAACCAAUCCUAUAGAAUAGUCGACUUGUCGAUCAUUAUCUUAUUAGUGUUGGAAUAGGAUUCCAUGACUACAAUGUUUCAAUAGACCCAUUUAGCCCCACUUAACAUCAACAAGAACCCUAUAAAUACUCAUCAACGUUAUUAGCUUAUCAAUAUCAAAAUUGUAAAAAAAUGUAGUUUUGGAGUUUGGCAAAGAAGAAAAGAUGUUGGAACAUCAAAUGGAGUUGUUCAUGCAGUAUCUAUAGAUCAACAAGCCGAUGGCGACAGUUGUUCACUUGACUUUGCAUGUGAAAUCACGGGGUUUUGGAUAUGACAAAAUCACCUGGGUAUGUUUCCCCUAGUACUUAGUUAGGCUGGCAUUGUUUCUCCCUAGUUUAUUUCACUCGAUAUUUUUACUGCAAAGAGUCUGAAAUUAGUUUGGAACCUAAAUUAAAGCAAUAAAAUCGUCUUGAAUAGACUACUCGAAGGGAGAUUAUCCUCAGGCAGAAUAUAAUUAUCAAGGAAAUACAACAAAGACUCCCACUACUAUAUUGAAAUCGAGUACAGAGCAGCCAAAGGAUUCACCAACAUGUGGGGGUAUCCACCUACACGCUAGAGUGGUUACCUCGGAGCUUCAAGGAGAAAUCAAGAUGGUGGAGUUUAGGAUUUGGGUUCUAUUACUGGCUCGCACUCUAACUACAACUUCUCAAUCAAAGGCCAAGUUUAACCAACGACCGGGUGUAGUAUAGGGUAAGCAAGUAAAAAAAAUAUGGAACCACGGGUCUCAAGGUGUACCUUACUUCGGGUUAAGAUUUCUUUAUCUAGCCAACCUAGAAUAGUGAUUAAGCUAACUAACCUAACUACACUACCCUAGUUAACUACAAGUUGUGGAGCUCUCUUAACUUCAAUCCCCCUAGUUCUAUCAUUCAGAUCGAUGUUACGUACCAUCCUAGCUCGACCGAAUCAAUUUCUCUACCAAUAGGAGAUAGAUACCCUCGGGUAUUGACCCGGAACGACAUAGCGAUGAAUUGGUAGUGUUCUAUACAACCUAGGGAAAACAUAUGCAGUCAAGAGGUCGAUCGAAUAGUCAAAUUGUCUUCCUCGGUGAUUAACCCGGAAUGACAUAAGAUAGGAUUGACCCUAAUUGCCAAGAAUGGGCCAAAAGAGGAUUUUCUCCCUCCUAGGUCAAAAACCAAAUUGAGAUGAAUUGGAAUCAACACUCAUGCAAUUCAUGAUAAACAUCAAUCUACUAAACAAAAUGAACAAUCAAACAUAGGAUUCAUCACAUACAUCAACAAUCAAAUCAAAAUCUAGACCUGGGGUUCUUCAACCUAAGAGAAGAGAGCUAAUUCAUAGAGAAGAGGAGAGAGAAUAUAGUAUAGCCCUAGCAUCCUCCUAGGUAACUCUUUCUCUAGAAUUCCCCAUUGGGAGUUUUAGGGUCAAAACCCCAGCUCCCUUCUCCAAAACCCCUUGAUGUCAAUUUAUAUUUGUAGCAGGGAAGAGAUCACGGUUUGGGGGUGAUUCUCACGGUCGUGAAGUGUGCAAAUCGUGAUCUUGGUCCAAAACGCACCGGUUUGGGCUAUCUUCCCGGUUUUGGUGUUAUUUUCACUCCCUCCAUGCCAUGAAGUCUGACCAUGACCGCGAGAUGAGCAUAGGCUUUUGAAAAAAAGGCUAUCUUCACGGUUUGGGGGAGAUUAUCACUCCCCUUGACGUGAUAUUAACACCCUACAUGUGAACCUUGCACAAGCUCCACUUUUUGGCUUGUUUUGACCUCUGAAUGGCCCGAAACUCGUUCUCGACCUUCCAAUAGGUAGUAGGAGCUGAAUGUGACAAAAAUAACACAAACUGGCAUAAAAAAGUCGAGAGAUGAUGAAUACUAAGUCAAACAAUCAAGAUAUGAGGGGGUAAUAAUGUGUAAUCAUGCCUGAAUCAAACUUCCUCACACUUAAACGUUUGCUUGUCCCCAAGUAAACCAAGUAAACACAAGGUAAGCUGGCAACCUCUUUCUGAACAAAAUUUGGGGUGCGACAUAGGGCACAAACCAAAUGAAUCACAUUUUACAGGCCCCUGGAUUUCUACCCCUAGGGGGUUAUUUAUAGGCCCCUGCAUAAGAUUAGCGAUCCGCUAAUGCCUCCUAACAUUGGUUACUGCAUUUCUACCUCUCGAGGGCUAUUUAUAGGCCCUUGCAUAAGAUUUUCUUCGAGGAAAAAGUAGGCAGGAAACACAUUUUUCGAGCUCCUUUCGGUCUCUUCCAGCUUGGUCAUUAAGUUUAGCAUAUUCCUUCAUAAUACGAGCUCGCUUUGAAGACUCCCCAAAAUGACUCCCCAAAAUGGUUGCACAUGCGUCCUUCUGGGCUUGGUUUGACUAAUUUUCAUGUUUUUUUUCGGACUUGAUCAAAUCUCACAUCCUGAAUCCCCAACAGUCGGACCUUGAUGUUCCCUACUCGUACAAGUUGGUACAUUAGGAUAAUCUGGGCUGAAAGCACAUGAAACACUACCAAAAGUGCAUCAAAAUAGUUAAAGCAAUCAUAGAGCUACUAAAAUGCACCUUAAGUGAUUAUCAAUCAAAUAGCAAUUGAUUAUGGCACUAAAGAUGUGAAAACAAUGCAAUUAUAGUCAUAAUAAAGGGGUAUACAAAAUAUUUUCUACGUGUCAUUAGACAAGCUAAAAAGUACUAGUGGGUCAACACAAUAAUCUCGCUCCAGCAGCCUUGUGUUCAGAUUUUUCUUCCCACCUUAUAGGCAACACUCUUGCGAAAAUGCCCUUCCACAAACUUCUAUAGAAGAAGGAAAUUUGAAAUGUAGCUUCAUCUUUUGCCAUUCCGCUUUAAUAUUAAGUGUAAACUACAACACAAAAUGUUGUCUAACUAGUUCACGCAUCACCACUUGCUGAAGAGGGAAGGUGGCUCAAAGGUAGAGUGAAAGUAAAUAGCAAAGUUGUCAGAACCAAUCGAAACAUGACCCGGUAAUGUGAAUGAUUCACACUUUAGUGGUUCAACCGAUAUUGACCGUUAAAAAACCGUUAGAGAAUUGGUACCUUAUAAACAAUAAUAUCAUAAGUAGUAGACACAUAAGAUAGUAAUUUCACAAUUUAAUGACUAAAAUAAAAUUUAUCAGGUACCAUUUAGGAAUAUUACAUAUUAUUAUAUAUAUAGUAACUAAAAAAACUCCACCCCCACCACCACUGCCCAACCCAAAGCGGCAGCGCCGCACACCUUCCUCACCUCCUCGUUCCCUCAAACUCUCAAUCUCUUUUCUAGUUUUCUUCCAUUUUUUUCUACAGUUUUCCUUCACAAAAACCCUACCCACCAUGCCAUGGUGCCACCACACCCAGCCUAACCGCCUCCCUCUAGCAAAUCUCCAACAGGAAGCGACACAGCAGCACCAUCGUCUCCGCCGCGCCCGCCGCCACCACCUUAUGCCGCAGCUCAUUUGCCAUCGCAAAUAUCACCUUACUCAACCCCUCUCACCGUGAUAAAUCGUUAUUUGUACAUGAUAUUUCCCACUAAUCUUGAACCGUUUGAGAGUUGAUUCUCGUGUUUUAAGCCGAUUUCAUGCUAGGUUGUGCUUUUAUGUCAUAUUUCAGGACCUGGCGCGGAAAGGAAGGCUUGGAGGCGAGCUUUGGGUCAAAAACACCAAGGAAACGGAAGGAGUAGUGCAAUGACCAAAAUCCCCGGUCUGGUCAUCAAAAAUCCGACCGAGGAAAUGGUUGAGAAGCCGGGGAAUCGCUUUAGAGAUUUUACCCGGUCUGGACCCCCCGUUCCCUGACCGGGUAAUUUCAGAGGGAGACCGGGUUUUAACCCAACAGGCUGCGCACCGUUUCGCUAUUACCUGUCCGGUUUGCUUAAAACCCAACCGGGUAAUUGGACCGGGUUUCAGGUAGGAGAGCUGUUAGAUGCGAAUUAUGGGUUUUUUGUCAAUUAAUCAAGUUUUGGAGAAAGAAAGUGAAACCUAGAGCGAGAAAGCGUUGAACUAAACCUCCAAAGUGACAUAGAUCGAGUUUUGACGCCAUUGGAGCUUGAUUGAAGUUUGGAGAAGUGCCGAUUGACAACCAUAAGCUGAUUGUCAUUCUCAACAGAAUGAUUUCUGCAUCUAAAACUGAUUUCUCUUUUCUCUCUAUGGAGUAAACUCUCUCUGUCACCUGGGUAUGAAGAACCCUAGAUUUUUAUGUUAAGUUUGGUUGUAUGAACCCAAGUACAUGAUCUUUUGACAUUGAUUAUAUUCAAUUGAGGCAUUAUUUUUUGAAUUGCAUGAAUCCUGAUCCAAUUCCUGUAGUUUUUGCUUUGACUUAAAAAGAGAAUAUCUGCCUAGGUUGAUAGAGCAUCCUUAAUUGAAGGUGGAGAAUUGACUACUUUGGUCGAGGAGUCAAUUCUCUACUCUGUACUGGAUUUACUCCGGUAGAGGAGGUUUUGCACGUUAGGACCUCAGUUUGUUUACUCCGGUGGAGGUUAGUCGCCCGCUAGGUAUUCAGAUUGUGAGGGUUUGGAGACCUUUAGUCGAUACUUCAAACUGAAUAAGAACCUUCCGCAAUAUAACUGUCAUUAAAUCUGAACUUGGUGAAUUAUUGUAGACACCACAUUUUGCCCAGAUUCGAAACUUUAUGACUACAUUUGAACGAUUUGGAGAGGGCAACCCAAAUUAGACGGCAAUACAAUUUUGGUUCGAGUUCCAAUGAGGUGAAGUAUUUGAGUUCGAUAUCAAGAAAGCGUACAACAAAGCAUCAUUGAAGAAUUUGAAACAUGAUACAAUCAUUCAAUUGCAAUACAAUGGUUAUGAAUCU